AUGCCUGUCCCUAUCCCACCUGAAUCUCGCUUCAUCCCGAACAACGUCCGGGAAGGAGAGUAUCUCACGUUCUCGGGUGCUUCGGAAGCCCUCAUUCAUGAAGCGCUAACGCAUGUCCUCGUCGACACGCCGCCACUAGCUGAAUACUCAAAUGACCAAUGUCGUGGUCUCUUCCGGGGCCCUACAUCACUCACCUUUUUGCUACUGAAGCUCAGCGCGCAGUAUCCGUCCAUGCAAGUACAAGAUCAGUUGCUCAGCCACUGGGCAAGCCUCUAUGCAUUGGCCAAGCGCCCCGGAGAGAACUCUGCCCCUUGCGGUCUAGCUUGUGAAAGCGUUGCACUCUUAGCUGUUCAGACAAUGAUGGAUGAGGCCAAUGCUCCUGCAUUUUGCAGUGAGCUAGACCGACUAGUUGCUGAAGAUCAUCCCUUCGAGCUACUGUUUGGCUAUGCUGGACUGCUAUACAUGAUCCGCGCGGUUGAAUCAUGGAGACCCGAAGUCGCAUCCUCUCUGACUCUCGUCAAAGCCCGGAUGGUGGAGAAAACUCUCGGGGCCGGGCCCGGGUGGGUCUUUCGGGGCAAGCGCUACAUCGGCGCCGUGCACGGAGACAUCGGCAUUUUGACCCAGCUCCUCUUGACAGACCCGAAACUUGCUAGCAACUCGAUGAUCAAAAGUUCUCUGAGACGGCUGCUAAGUCUUCAGCGAGAGGAUGGCAACUGGACGACCAAGGAUGACGAUGACAUUCGAUACGAAGGUCUUGUUCAAUUUUGUCACGGGGCUCCAGGGUUUGUGGACUCUUUAGUGCACAUCCGCCGCCUUUUCCCGGAUAUGCACGACAUCAUGGAUGAAGCCAUUGAACGCGGACAACAGGCAGUAUGGAAUAUGGGCUUGUUACGCAAGGACCCCUGCAUUUGCCAUGGGAUUUUGGGCAACGCAAUGGUACUUCCUCCCGGGCCACGGAGAAGCCACUUUCUAGCGUGGGCCUUGCCGUCGACUAUUGAAGAGCAGCGGCAAGAGGACGAAACCCUAUUCGUCCCAGAGAGUCCCCAGAAGAUGUCGGCAUGGUUCAACUAUUGGCCUGGCGUGGCAUGGACGUGGUCUCAGUACGCAAAAGAGAUACCCGGGGUAAUUCUAUAUUCCGAAGUCUAG